AUGGGGCCUGUGCUCCUUCGGCGUGGAGGCUGCCUCCUACUUUGGAUGGCACUGCUCCUGGGUUGUUGGGCAGAGCUUGGCAGUAGCUUGGAGUUCCCAGGAGCAGAGGGCCAGUGGACUCGCUUCCCCAAAUGGAAUGCCUGCUGUGAAAGCGAGAUGAGCUUUAACAUGAAAACACACAGUUCCAGUGGUCUGGUCCUUUAUUUUGACGAUGAGGGCUUCUGUGACUUCUUGGAGUUAAUUCUGACACAAGGUGGGCGGCUCCAGCUAAGUUUCUCCAUCUUCUGUGCUGAGCCUGCCAUCUUGCUCUCUGACAUGGCUGUCAAUGACAACCUGUGGCACACUGUGGUCAUUCGCCGUAAUUUUAAGAAUACAACACUAUUAAUUGAUCAGUCUGAGGCUAAAUGGGUAGAAGUGAAAUCUAAGCGACGGGACAUGACGGUCUUCAGUGGUCUCUUUCUAGGAGGGUUGCCUCCAGAGUUGCGUUCACCUACCCUAAAAGUAACACUCUCCUCAGUGAAGGAUAGGGAACCUUUCAAAGGAUGGAUAACAGAUGUAAGAGUCAAUUAUACACAAUCUUCACCUGUGGAGAGUCAAGAAGUACGUCUGGAUGAUGAACAGAGCCACUUAUGUGCUAGAGAUGUUUGCCUCAAUGGUGGUGUAUGCUCUGUGCUCAACAAUCAGGCAGUGUGUGACUGCUCCCAUACUGGUUUCCGUGGGAAGGAUUGCAGUGAAGGUCUGGCGCACUUGAUGAUGGGCGACCAAGGAAAAGAAGAAUAUAUUGCAACAUUCAAAGGAUCAGAGUAUUUCUGCUAUGACCUUUCCCAGAAUCCUAUCCAAAGCAGCAGCGACGAAAUAACUCUGUCCUUUAAAACUCUACAGAGGAAUGGACUAAUGCUUCACACCGGGAAAUCAGCUGAUUAUGUCAACCUUGCCCUGAAAAAUGGAGCUGUCUCCUUAGUUAUUAAUUUGGGCUCAGGGGCCUUUGAAGCACUGGUGGAACCUGUGAAUGGGAAAUUUAAUGACAAUGCCUGGCAUGAUGUGAAAGUAACCAGGAAUCUGCGUCAGGUGACUAUAUCAGUGGAUGGAAUUCUGACCACGACGGGCUACACACAAGAAGACUACACCAUGUUGGGCUCUGAUGAUUUUUUCUAUGUUGGAGGCAGUCCUAGCACAGCAGAUUUGCCAGGAUCACCAGUCAGUAACAACUUUAUGGGUUGUCUCAAAGAGGUUGUUUAUAAAAACAAUGAUGUAAGACUGGAAUUGUCUCGACUGGCCAAACAAGGAGAUCCUAAGAUGAAGAUCCAUGGUAUCGUGGCAUUUAAAUGUGAAAAUGUGGCAACCUUGGAUCCAAUCACUUUUGAAACACCAGAAUCCUUUAUUUCUUUGCCUAAAUGGAAUGCCAAAAAAACAGGCUCAAUUUCCUUUGACUUUCGCACUACUGAACCCAAUGGGCUGAUUCUCUUCAGCCAUGGCAAACCACGACAUCAGAAAGAUGCCAAACAUCCACAAAUGGUUAAAGUUGACUUCUUUGCCAUUGAAAUGCUUGAUGGGCACCUCUACCUGCUUUUAGACAUGGGAUCUGGAACAAUUAAAAUAAAAGCUUUGCAGAAAAAAGUGAAUGAUGGAGAGUGGUACCAUGUUGACUUUCAAAGAGAUGGACGAUCUGGUACCAUUUCUGUCAACACGAUGCGAACUCCGUAUACUGCACCAGGAGAAAGUGAGAUCUUGGACCUAGAUGAUGAUUUAUAUCUUGGAGGUUUGCCAGAAAAUAAAGCUGGUCUUGUCUUUCCAACGGAGGUCUGGACAGCCCUAUUAAAUUAUGGCUAUGUGGGCUGUAUUCGAGACUUAUUUAUUGAUGGACAAAGUAAAGACAUCCGUCAAAUGGCAGAAAUCCAGAGCACAUCUGGGGUGAAACCCUCCUGUUCAAGAGAAACAGCAAAGCCAUGUCUAAGCAACCCAUGCAAAAACAAUGGCGUAUGCAGAGAUGGCUGGAACAGAUAUGUCUGCGAUUGCUCUGGUACAGGCUACCUGGGCAGAUCAUGUGAGCGAGAGGCAACUGUUCUAAGCUAUGAUGGAAGCAUGUUUAUGAAAAUUCAACUCCCUAUGGUGAUGCACACAGAAGCAGAAGAUGUGUCCUUACGGUUCAGGUCUCAGAGAGCAUAUGGCAUUCUGAUGGCCACAACCUCAAGAGAAUCUGCUGAUACAUUGCGUUUAGAGCUGGAUGCAGGACGAGUUAAGCUAACAGUCAACCUAGACUGUAUCAGGAUUAACUGUAAUUCCAGCAAAGGUCCAGAGACUCUUUUUGCUGGAUAUAACCUCAAUGACAAUGAAUGGCAUACAGUACGUGUAGUUCGAAGAGGAAAAAGUUUAAAGUUAAUAGUAGAUGACCAACAAGCCAUGACAGGUCAAAUGGCUGGGGAUCAUACAAGACUGGAAUUCCAUAAUAUAGAGACGGGAAUCAUAACAGAACGGCGUUACUUGUCCUCAGUCCCUUCCAACUUCAUUGGUCACCUGCAAAGCCUCACUUUUAAUGGCAUGGCAUACAUUGACUUGUGUAAAAAUGGGGAUAUUGACUACUGUGAACUAAAUGCCCGUUUCGGCUUCCGGAACAUCAUUGCUGACCCAGUCACCUUUAAAACGAAAGCUAGCUAUGUUGCUCUUGCCACAUUGCAAGCAUACACAUCUAUGCACCUGUUUUUCCAGUUCAAAACAACAUCAUUGGAUGGGUUAAUACUUUACAACAGUGGAGAUGGCAAUGAUUUUAUCGUGGUUGAAUUAGUAAAAGGGUAUCUACAUUAUGUGUUUGAUUUGGGAAAUGGUGCAAAUCUUAUCAAGGGCAGUUCCAAUAAACCUCUGAAUGACAACCAAUGGCAUAAUGUGAUGAUAUCACGGGAUACCAAUAAUCUCCACACUGUAAAAAUUGACACAAAAAUCACAACGCAGAGCACUGCAGGAGCAAGAAACUUGGAUCUCAAAAGUGAUCUAUAUAUUGGAGGAGUAGCAAAAGAAACUUAUAAAUCCUUGCCAAAAUUGGUCCAUGCCAAAGAAGGAUUUCAAGGCUGCCUUGCCUCUGUGGAUCUCAAUGGGCGUCUUCCAGAUUUGAUUUCAGAUGCUCUGUUUUGCAAUGGACAGAUCGAAAGAGGAUGUGAAGGUCCCAGCACCACAUGCCAAGAAGACUCCUGUGCCAACCAAGGUGUCUGCUUGCAGCAAUGGGAUGGGUUUAGCUGUGACUGUAGCAUGACUUCUUUCAGUGGGACACUGUGCAAUGACCCGGGAACAACAUACAUAUUUAGCAAAGGUGGUGGACAGAUUACAUAUACCUGGCCUCCUAAUGAUCGGCCCAGCACCCGAGCAGAUAGACUGGCCAUAGGGUUUAGCACAGUUCAAAAAGAAGCCAUCUUGGUGCGCGUGGAUAGCUCGACUGGGCUUGGUGAUUAUUUAGAGCUGCACAUCCACCAAGGAAAAAUUGGUGUUAAAUUUAAUGUUGGAACAGAUGAUAUCGCAAUUGAAGAAGUCAACGCAAUCAUUAAUGAUGGAAAAUACCAUGUAGUACGUUUUACAAGAAGUGGUGGUAAUGCCACAUUACAGGUGGACAACUGGCCGGUUAUAGAACGCUACCCAGCAGGAAACAAUGAUAACGAGCGCCUGGCGAUUGCUAGACAGCGAAUUCCAUAUCGGCUUGGUCGAGUAGUUGAUGAAUGGCUACUCGACAAAGGGCGUCAGCUCACAAUCUUCAAUAGCCAAGCAACGAUAAAAAUUGGAGGCAAGGAACGAGGCCAUCCAUUUCAGGGUCAGCUUUCUGGACUCUACUACAAUGGUUUGAAAGUCCUGAACAUGGCUGCCGAGAAUGACGCCAAUAUAGUGAUAGAAGGGAAUGUCAGACUCGUUGGUGAAGUGCCUUCCUCUAUGACAACUGAGUCAACUGCCACUGCAAUGCAAUCAGAGAUGUCCACCUCAGUCAUGGAAACCACUACCACUCUGGCUACCAGCACAGCUAGAAGAGGAAAGCAACCUACAAAAGAAUCAAUUGUUCAGACUACAGAUGACAUUUUGGUGGCCUCAGCUGAAUGCCCCAGCGAUGAUGAGGACAUUGAUCCCUGUGAGACGAGCUCAGCAAGUCCCACCAAACCAGGACGGGGAGGAUACCCAAGUUCAGAAGAGGUGGUUCGGGAAUCCAGCAGCACUACUGGCAUGGUGGUUGGGAUUGUAGCAGCAGCUGCUCUUUGCAUUCUCAUCCUCCUCUACGCUAUGUACAAGUACAGGAACCGAGAUGAAGGCUCCUAUCAUGUUGAUGAGAGUCGAAACUACAUCAGUAACUCAGCACAGUCCAACGGGGCUGUGAUUAAGGAAAAGCAACCCAACAGCUCUAAAAGUUCCAGCAAAAAUAAGAAAAACAAGGAUAAGGAGUACUAUGUCUGAUCCCAACAACUGGAAAGAACAAUUGUAUAGAAAUAGUCUUCAUUUUAUCUGAGACAUAAAACAAAACUUAUUUACUUUACUUUUUAUGAAGCACAUACAAAAUUUAAAAAAUGGGGAAAGGAAUAUGGGGAAUGCAAAUAGAAAGGAAAGACUUUUUAACAAAACAAGGAAUGACAAAAUGAAAUAAGCAUUUCAUACACUGGUUCCUCUGAAACGGGAGUCAGUAAACCCCCUUACGUUCACAGUGUUUUCAUUUACUCUGCCAUCUUUAUGUUGCUGGAAUGUUUCUGAAGAAGAUGUUGGUACUACUGCACACUCAUAAGGCAAAGAGUAUUACUCCAAAACAUCACCCAGCACAACAAAUUGUGACAAACUGAAAGAAAUAAAAGAUGAAAUCAUGCACACACCCACAGUAAGGAAGCUACCUAUGAGAUUGCAUUUAGCCAAAGUGCUAGCACUUUCCUAAGGAGUAAAUCAAUCUGAUUACCUGACAAGACUUUGCCAUUCGACACAAGCCCUCAAGAAGCAAAGGUUGAAACUGAGCUUGCUACCUGGUGCAACAAACAAUGAUUGGAGCUUGGGUUUGAAGUAAAGUGCUGGCUUUUCUGAAUAAACCACAUUUAAAAACAGAAAAAGAAAACAUUUUUGAAAAAAAAAAAGCCCCAUUCUGGUUG